GCAGCCCGCCGCGCAUGUCCAUUGCGGGGUUGCAUACAUAGGUGGCAUCGGCGGCGCAGGUCGGUCGGCGCUUUGAGUCACCAACAGGCCGCACCCCUCUCGCGAGAGUGCUGCUGUCUGGUCUGCCUUCUCCGUGCACCUGAGGCAAAGGUUGAUGGACGUGCAGUUGUCCUGAACGCACCUCACACCUCAAUAGCAUUCGGCGAUGGAUCUGCGCGGCAAGGUGGCCCUGGUCACCGGAGGCGCCUCCGGAAUCGGGAAAGCGUGCGUCGAAGAACUGCUCAAGCUCGGCUGCAAAGUGUCUAUUUGUGAUGUGAAUUCAUCAGACGGUGACACCUUAGCCCAAGAGCUUGGGCAGAAAUUCAACAAGUCUGUUAUAUUCUGUCCUUGCGAUGUUACAGACUACCCUCAGUCGGAAGAAGCGUUCCAAGAAACAACAUCUGCCCUGGGUCCAAUUGAUAUUGUUGUCAACAAUGCGGGCAUCAUGAACGACCGCUUCUGGGAGCUGGAAGUUGACACAAAUCUGAACGGCGUGAUUCGCGGCACCCUUCUGGGCAUGCGUUUCAUGGGUAAGGACCGCGGCGGCAAGGGCGGCACCGUCGUCAACAUGGGCUCCAACACGUCUAUGCGUCCGUACGUGUCUGCGCCAAUUUACUCGGCCACCAAGCACGCGGUCCUCGGCUUCACCAGGGCCUUCGGGGACCAAUUCCAUGUAGAGCAGACUGGCGUUAGGGUGGUGGCUCUAUGUCCAGGUGCCACCAGCACCAGCAUCAUCACAGACAUCCGGAAGCAGCUGCUGCACGCCAGCUUUGAGCCGGCCUGGCAGAGGGACACGGCUAACUCAAUUUAUCAGAAGCCGGAUCAUGUGGCCAGGGCUUUGGUGACGAUUUUACAGCGGGCUGUGAGUGGCUCUGUGUGGAUGGUGGAAGGCGGGCAGCCGCCCUACGAGAUCAACUUUGCCAACCCUUAAGUAAAAGGCGAAUUGGAGGAGGAGGAUCGUGAUAUACAAAGCACGCCAAAUGAAAAACGUACAGAACCCGCGUUUCUACCCCCCGCAACUAUUUGGAUAAAAAUAAUUUGUACAUGAGAUGAUGCAUGUGAGGUUCUGCUUGAAGCAGAGAAACACUUCUGCGCGCAAAUAUUGUAGUUUUCCAUUUUGUAAAAGCCGCGGCCGGAUCAAAACGAUACAAAACUCAACUGUCUGAAUUCUCUCACAAUUAAGUGUCGAGGCGCUUUUUUCGGACGCAAAACGAGAGACCAAUCACACUUUUCAAUCAGUACGCACUUUUUGCCUGGACGAGGAGGUUGGAAUGAAAUACAACUCCUCUCAUAUCCUAUAUUAUUGCCACCAAGAAGCUUAAUAAUUCCUGUAUCACAACUAGUAGCCACAGUAGAUUACACACGAAUAUAAUUAAUAAUAUUCACCCAUGGAAACACAACUAUAGAGUUUAGUGAGUAUACUAGAGAAAUUCAAUAGUUUGGAGGUGAAAGGUGAUGUUCAUUUGGAACGCGAUUUGCUUUUGUUCCUGCUGUUUUCAAGUUUAUAAGAAUGGAAAAGCGCUAGAGGGUUUUGAGAAUUCUAUUUACGAUCUGUUGUGGUACACUUGUAUCUCUUUACUCGUAAGAAUCAUGAUGUUAACGAGUGAAAUGCUGAUGUCUAACGAAUAUGUUGCUAAUAAUCUCCAAUAAGCUAAUGUUCAGUCUCAAUAAAGAUGGAAGGAGAACCAGA